UCUCUCCCAGUCUCUCAGUUCCUCCAACGCGCAUUACCCCGUGACUCUCCCCCUCUUUUCACGCCUCCUCCUUACCUUGCCUUGUCGAUCCUUCUUUGACGGAGAGUGUGAGAGAGUCAGGCCAUCUCCCAUGGGCGCUUACUAACUCCCAGCAUCUCAUCACGAGUCACUGACCACCACCACCAACAACAAACCUUGCCCAGCUAGGUAGUCCAAGCAUACCUACCUACAGGUAUUACCUGUAGUGUAAACUCACUUGAGCGCGAGCCAAACAACCCAGCUGCCGCCUUCCGUUGGCUCACAGGGCCUCCCUUUCCGUCGUUGAACAGUGCCGCUGCGCGCCCUUUCCCUUUCAGGGGGGGCCCGCUGGAGGCCCUUCGGUUACCCUUCGGUUACCCUUCGAUAGCAGGUUGAGGCAGGCGAGGGGGAAGUGAAGUGAGAGAGAGUGUGUGUUUUCGAGAUCGAAUGGGACUUGGGCUUUGGGGGAUUAGCCGGACCUCGGUAGUAGCCGCCGUCAGACGGCUUGCUGGCUGGCAUGAUGGAGCGCCAAUCUUCUGAAUACAAGUUCGUCACCGUCGACGCCGGCGAGGAGGGAACCUUUCAGGCCGUCACCAAGUCCAUCCGGAGCCAUGCCAUCCGGACCGCCAUCCAACGGGGCGGCUCCCAGCUGGGGGCCUCGACGGCCCUCGUGUCUCAAGGGACCAUAAGGGGCAAGGCGCACUUGAAGGGCCGCUUCAGGCUGGGCGGCACAGCGCCCAAGACUAGAAAGGCCAAGAACCAGAGCCGCAAGAACACUGCCGACCCUCUGUCCCCGGAUAUCUACGAGUUGCUGUCAGAGACAUCUCCUCCGCCAUGGAUCCAACGGCUGGGCAGCGACGGUGCCGACCCCUUCAACACGUUGCCGAUACCCAGCAGUCCAUCGGUUGACGCCCUCGUCAAGUACUUCACCACCAGGUUCAAUCUCAACUCGACCACGACGGACACGCAGCGGCCAUGGUUCCCCUACGCCAUGCAGAGCGCUCUCAUCAUGCGCGCCACGCUCGCCCUUGCCGCCGAGUUCCUGACGGCGACGAUGCCGUCGCCCGACCCCGAGCUGCAGCGGGAAGGGUACCAGCAAAAGGGCGAGGCCAUGCGCAUCGUCCGAAGCCGCCUCGAGUCCCAAGAGUCGGCCCAGAAGGCGAGCGACGACCUGUCGGUGCUGGCCGGAGUGGCCAUGUUGGGGAGCGUUGAGGCUUUCCAGGGCCGCUUCUCGGCCGCCAACGUCCACCUGACCGGGCUCCACGCCAUGAUCACAGCCCGCGGCGGACCGGACACGAUCAGGCACGAUUACAUCCUCUGCCGUUCUAUCAACUGGAUCGACAUCCAAGUGGCCUCGGGCCUGGGCCGAGUACCCAAGUUCCCCAUGUUCCACACGCUCGACCAGGUGACGCUCCCACCGUCGGUCGUCAGCCGGGCGGCGUCGCCGCCGCUGCGCCACCUGGACCGGCUCGCGGGCCACAGCCCGGGCGAGAGCGUCGAGCCGCGGCGGAUCUUCACGGCGCUCCGGCAGGCCGUCUGCGCCGGGGCGGCGGGGGUGUCGGCGGACGACGUGCGGAUCGUCAUGAACACGGCGGACAGCACGAUGCUGCACUUCCUGUACGCGGAGCGGCGGACGGCGGCGUCGCCGGUGCAGAAGCGGUUCCUCGUGCUCGUGUCGGCGGCGCAGGUGUUCCUGUACGCGGCGCUGCGCGAGAUCCCGACGACGGGCCACAUGGUCCGGAUCCUCGUGGCGCGGAUGCGCGCGGCGCUCGACGACGCCGACGCCAUCGCCCUCAUCUGGGUCCCGCACGACGCCGCCCUGCUGUGGGUCCUGUUCGUCGGCGUCGUCGGGUCCGGCGCGGCAUCGCAGGACCGGGCCUGGUUCCUCGGGAGGCUGCACCGCGUGCUCGAGAGGGCGCGCGACGCGCUGCCGCCCGAGAGACGUAGGCGCGAGGACCUGCAGCAGCUGCUCGCGGGGUUCCUGUGGAGGGACAAGUAUUGCCUGCCGGUGCUGGACGAGAUCUGGGCCUCGUGGGAGCGCGGCGUCACGUAGGACUUUGAAAGACUUGACGGACUGACCGACCUGAUUGACCGAUUGACUGACUGAUAGCCCUUACUUGGCCUGGUUUGGUCUUUUGUCGUUUGCGUAGGUAGAUCGAAAUAUCAAAUACGGGAUUGGUUCAUCUCGGAUCCGGGGUUCCGGACCUAUCGCCCGGCCUCUCCGUUGCUGACACAUCC